AACAUGUCCUCGUUAUAGGCGACAUGAAAUGACGUUCUUAACACCUUCUUGUUUUGAAUUGCGCUUGAAGGUUUUCUUUAUACCUGAACAAACAGCGUCAAAUGAGCAAGAAAUUAGAUAUCAAAGUGCUAAAUGUCCUCACGAAAUACACGAUGUGAUARWGAGCUCUGACUCUCCUCCGUACUUCUACAUCUGCGAUUCGACUCCUAAAAGAGAUUUGUUUGACAUCUUUGAACCUUCAGCACAAGUGGACAUUCGUCUGAUAGCCGAAGCAACUUUUAAAUCGCCCUCGAGUCUAGAAGAUGAACAACGUCAAGAGGCUUUGAUGUUAUAUAAUUACGUCAAAAAGAACUUGAAAAUUACCGAACAGGGAGAAAUGAACUUGUCACAAGAAAAGAUUCCCAAAGACUUCGAUGUCCGAUACUCCCGAGUAUCUGAACGUAGCUCCUAUAGGGUCAGAUCUCCUGAUGGAAAGCAAUUCACAGCUCGGCUGUCUAAUGAAAGUCAUGGCGAUGUUCAAGGAUUUGAUGACUUGAAAAAAAGAUAUUGA